UCUUUCUUUGAAAAUUCAUAUAUCUAUACCCUUUACCUUAAUUUAUUGCAGGACACGGAUAUAAGUAUAUAACCCCACUUGUGUUUAGGACCAUCAUCAUCAUCACCUGUAAGACACAGUUCUGCACAUUCCAUUUCAGUUGCAGUUCACAAUGCCAGAGGUUUACACUGUGAAGGUGGAAGAGGGAAUGCCUGCAACUGAUGGAAAGCCAUCAGUAGGGCCUGUCUAUAGGUGCAUUUAUGCCAAAGAUGGUCUUUUGGAGUUGCCUUCUCAUUCACAAUCCCCUUGGGAUUUCUUCAGGGACUCUGCUAAGAGAAACCCCAACAACCCAAUGCUUGGAAGGCGUCAAAAAACCGAUUCAAAGGUGGGUCCCUAUGCAUGGCUCACAUAUCAAGAGGUUUAUGAUGCUGCCAUCCAAAUGGGUUCUGCCAUGAGGAGCCUUGGUGUCAAUCCUGGAGAUCGUUGUGGCAUAUUUGGUUCCAACUGCCCUGAAUGGAUCAUUGCAAUGGAGGCUUGUAAUUGCUGUGCAGUAACAUAUGUUCCUUUAUAUGACACUCUUGGACCUAACGCGGUGGAGUUUAUCAUAAAUCAUGCUGAAGUUUCAAUUGCAUUUGUACAGGAGAAAAAGAUUCCAUCAGUGCACAAAUGGCUACAUUUCAUUUUUGAUAAAUAUUGGACAGCAACCUUGUUCCACGAAUUGGUGGGUCUGAUUUUGUCAUGUCUUGAUCGGUGUUCUUCAAAUCUUAAAACAAUUGUGAGCUUUGGAAAUGUUUCAACCACACAAAAGAAGGAAGCUGAGGAGCAUGGCACAUCCUGCUUCUCAUGGGGAGAGUUUCUCCAGUUGGGAAGUCUGGAUUGGGAUCUACCAUCAAAAAAGAAGACUGACAUUUGCACAAUAAUGUACACAAGUGGAACAACUGGAGAACCCAAAGGUGUCAUUAUUAGGAAUGAGGCUUUCAUGGCUGAAGUGUUGUCUAUUGACCAUAUACUUUUCUUAACAGACAGAGUGGCAGCAGAAGACGAUGUGUACUUCUCCUUUCUUCCUCUUGCUCAUGUCUAUGACCAGAUAAUGGAGACCUAUUGCAUCUUGAGGGGCUCCUCAAUAGGAUUUUGGCAAGGCGAUGUCAGGUUCUUGAUGGAAGAUGUUCAGGCGCUGAAACCAACUAUAUUUUGUGGUGUUCCUAGAGUUUUUGACCGAAUUUAUGCUGGUAUCAAUAGCAAAGUUUCAUCUGGAGGAGCAUUGAAAAGUACACUAUUUCAGUGUGCAUACAACUACAAGUUAAGAUAUCUGGAGAAGGGUCUUCCACAGGACAAAGCAGCACCUUUAUUUGAUAGGCUUGUGUUUGAUAAGACAAAACAAGCACUAGGUGGACGUGUUCGAAUCCUGUUAUCAGGAGCUGCUCCUUUGCCUAGGCAUGUGGAGGAGUUUAUGAGAGUCACAAGUGGAACUACAUUAUGCCAAGGAUAUGGUCUUACUGAAAGUUGUGCCGGGUGUUUCUCAGCGAUAGGUGAUGUGUUUUCUAUGACAGGAACAGUUGGAGUACCUAUGCCAACCAUUGAGGCCAGGCUUGAAUCUGUGCCAGAGAUGGGAUAUGAUGCACUUUCCAGUGAACCCCGUGGAGAAAUUUGCCUGAGAGGAGUUACAUUGUUCUCUGGUUAUCACAAGCGUCAAGAUCUUACUAAAGAAGUUAUGGUUGAUGGUUGGUUUCAUACAGGUGACAUUGGAGAAUGGCAACCAAAUGGAGCCAUGAAAAUUAUUGAUAGGAAAAAGAAUAUCUUUAAAUUGUCUCAAGGAGAAUAUAUUGCUGUUGAGAAUAUUGAAAACAAGUAUUUGCAAUGCCCUCUUGUAACAUCGAUUUGGGUGUAUGGAAACAGUUUUGAGUCAUUCUUGGUGGCUGUGGUGGUGCCUGAAAGAAAAGCCCUUGAGGAUUGGGCGCUAGAGCACAAUUUAACUGGUGACUUUAAAUCUUUAUGUGAAAAUCUAAAGGCAAGAAAAUACAUUUUGGAUGAGCUCAACAGCACUGGUCAGAAACACCAACUUAGAGGAUUUGAGCUGCUAAAAGCUGUUCAUCUGGAACCAAUUCCCUUUGACAUAGAGAGAGAUUUAGUAACUCCCACAUUCAAAUUGAAGAGACCGCAAAUGCUCAAGUACUAUAAGGAUCAUAUUGAUCAACUGUACAAGGAAGCCAAGGGAACACAGGUGUGAGCAAUGUGACAAGCUGGCUAUAUGCAUUAAUACAAAUUUCUAGCAGUUAAAGGAAAAUCCAUUUGGUUUUCUGUACAUUUUGGCUCAUUAUAUUGUAUUGAUCAAAGUGAAAAGCUACAAAGAUAGAAGUGGUCGUAUGUUGAAACAGCAACUCCAUAUGUAAUUCUUGUCAAAAAUUAAUAAGAUUAUUUCAA